CGCACUGUUGUUCUACGCACACCUGUCGUGCGUCACUGUGAACCAGUUCAGUAUAGAUCGUGAAUUUUGUGUGACGUGUUGGAUUUUACAUUGUUCUGUUGUUCAUUUUCGUAUUUUAAAGGUUAUAGUUCACGAUAAUAAGUUGCGUUGCAUUUACAGUGUUUUGUUUUAAAAGGCGCGAAUCAUUUGAAAAUUUUAUACUUAGGCAACAGGUGUCUAAUAUCUACACAUGUUUUGAUAGCGGUGAUAUCUGUUUUCAUAAUAAUUAAACAAACAAAUUUAAGCGAUAAUUUUUUAUCAAGAGCAUUUUGAAUCAUGCUUAAAACGAUCAAUACUAUUUUAUGGAAAAGUGUCUAUCUUAACUAAGUCUAACAUUCAAAUUGUGAUAAUCGCGCCUUACCAAUCAAUUCUCAAAAAUGGAAUACGAUUAUCUUAUUAAAUUUUUGGCUCUCGGAAAUUCUGGAGUCGGCAAAACAAGUUUUCUGUAUCAAUAUACUAAUGGCACGUUCGAUUCCCGAUUUAUAUCCACUGUCGGCAUUGACUUCAAAGAAAAACGCGUGAUAUACCAGACAACAAAUGGUAGAACUCAACGUGUUCAUUUACAGCUGUGGGACACAGCUGGCCAAGAGCGGUUCAGAAGUUUAACUACAGCCUUUUACCGGGAUUCCAUGGGUUUCCUUCUAAUUUUUGAUCUAACCAACGAACUAUCCUUUCUAGAAGUUAGAAAUUGGCUGGAACAACUUAGGACUCACGCAUAUUGCGAAGAUCCAGACAUAAUUCUCUGUGGAAACAAAUCCGAUCUCGAAGACAAACGGGUUGUUAGUGAACAUAAGGCUCGGGAAUUAGCGGAGAAGCAUGGCUUGGUGUACCUGGAAACGAGUGCAGCUACCGGUCAAAACGUGGCACGUGCCGUGGAGAUACUGUUGGAUCGUGUGAUGCGGAGGAUGGAAAGUACCGUGGAUAAGUCAUUAUUGCCUCAUCAAAGAGUUCUACGAUGUCACGAGCGUGAUACACCGCCACCCAGUACUUCCUGUUACUGCUGACACUGUCCGUUCGUGUAGCUGAAUAAAUUGCCUCGAUCAUCCCUCGUACGUUUGAGGCAACAUCGUGCGA